GUUCCAAAACAGUCAGCACUAAUAAAAACCAUUUUGCAUUGUUUUACAAGUGUCAAAAUAUAUUAAGAUUCCAUAUUUCAUCCUUUUUGCUCACACAUAUCAUGAUAUCUCAGUGUCCUCAUAUAUACUCGAUAACAACACAAUUAAUGAACAUCUCUCGAUAACACAAAAUAGAAAAACUAUCAGACCUAAAACACAAAAAGAUAUGGAGACUGUAGUGGUGAUUGUGGGAGCUGGACCAGCCGGUUUAGCAACAUCAGUUUGUCUAAACAAACACUCAAUCCCAAACGUGAUCCUCGAGAAAGAAGAUAUAUAUGCAUCACUUUGGAAGAAACGAUCCUACGACCGUCUCAAACUCCACUUAGCCAAAAGCUUUUGUCAGCUACCUUUCAUGCCGCAUGGUCCCGAAGUUCCAACCUUCAUGCCCAAAAAUCUUUUCAUUGACUACCUUGACGCUUACGUAACCCGUUUCAAGAUAAAUCCUAGAUACAACCGAACUGUGAAGUUGUCAACGUUCAAUAUGUCCAACAACACGUGGAGGGUAGAGGCGGAAAACACAACGACCGGGGAAACCGAGGUGUACUGGUCGAAGUUUGUUGUGGUUGCGACCGGAGAAAACGGAGACCAAUACAUCCCGGCGGUGGAAGGGAUUACUACUUUCCCCGGUGAAAUUGUGCACUCUAGUAUUUACAAGUCGGGUCAUAACUUUAGCGGUAAAAACGUUCUUGUAGUAGGAGGGGGAAACUCGGGUAUGGAGAUUAGCUAUGAUCUUAAUAACCACGAUGCUAAUACAGCCGUUCUCAUUAGAACUCCAAGACAUGUACUCACCAAAGAAGAGACAUAUUUAGGGAUGUGGUUGUUGAAGUAUUUACCGGUGAAAGUGGUUGACAUAUUGGUAAUGAUGAUGGCUAAAACAAGAUUAUUUAUGUAUGGAGAUCCCUCCAAGUAUGGGCUCCUCAGACCAAAACAAGGUCCUUUUGCAACCAAAUUCCUCACCGGCAGAACUCCAGUCAUUGAUGUGGGAGCUGUCCAAGAGAUUCGCGAAGGCAAGAUUCAGGUUAUUAAUGGUGGCAUAGGGAGCAUCGAAGGCAAGACCUUGACGUUUGAAAAUGGUCUGAAGCAAGAUUUUGAUGCCAUUGUGUUUGCAACUGGUUACAAAAGCUCUGUAUGCAACUGGUUAAAGAAUUAUGAGUACGUGAUGAAGGAUGAUGGUUUCCCUAAAAACCCAAUGCCAAAGCAUUGGAAGGGAGAGAACAAUGUUUAUUGUGCUGGAUUUUCAAAGAAAGGAAUUGCUGGAGCUGCUCAAGAUGCUAUGUCUGUUGCUCAAGACAUCAAAUCAAUCUUGGAAACUGACAGAUAUUAA